AAGCAGCGGUAGGCGCGAAACUCAAAGCAGUCGAGAGGACUACAACCAGUCAAAAUUAUCGAAAUCAUGGUGCACCCCGCUCCUCUUGGCAGAAAGGAAAUAUAGAAAAAAUUAUUUUUUUUGACUCCCCGCGAUCCGGUCGCAACUGGGGUCGGACGGGGAAAGUUCAAAUCUUGUCCACUGUUGCUCGUCCAUCCGCUACGACAGCAGCAGUAGUGGAAACUAGCGCGGGGUGCCAGCACAGUAGAGGAAAAGCAGAAACACGAGCAAACUCAUUGCCGGUGUAGAGGGAAACGGAAAGCGUCCGGGCCUUCUUACUCUGUUGCCCCUACAGAGACCUUCGUUGCCGGGCCUCUCGUUUGUUCUUUGCACAAGAACCUAGUACCGCGACACACGAUGAAGAAGUUUGUGGAGAGACGGCUUGCGCGCGAGCGCGUGCUCGAGAAGGAGCAAAUUGCACUGCGGAAACAGGUGAAGGACAUCGAACUUAUGAAGUGCCACGGGGAGGCCGAUUUCCGGGUCGAGGUCGCAAGAAGAGCACGAGAAACAAAUGAACAGAAGGCCGAGGUACAGGAAUAGAGCCUGCUUUUGAAGAUCGUGUUUUUAUUGACUAUGCGCGGUCGGAAAAGACUUCUCCUGACGCAUGGAAGUAAAACUAAAGAACAACGAUAAAUAAUUCACUGUACAACUAUAAAAAAUCCAGGUUUCCACCGAGUAUGCCCACGUGCAGGCACAGCAGGUUGCAACGCGAAAAGCCAUCGUUAGCAAAAUGGAAACUGAUCUCGCGAUCGAGCUGGAGCGGAGGAAAGCACAAGCAGUUAUUGAAAGGAAAAACUCCCCCUCCCCAUAUCGAAAAGGAAUGUUUCCGAAAAUUUGUGUUGCUGAUUUGAGGCCACAAAUCACAUUUGUCUUGCAAGGAGACAAGGGCAAAAGCUUCGCCCCCAUUAUGGAAGCGAUUUGUCAUGCUGUUGUGCCUAAAGGGCAGCCGUUUCCCAUGCUGAGCAACUAGAUUGAUACGCCCCUACAUAGCCUGAAGAUCUGGCCGCAGUGCCUUCCUGCAAUACAGAGCUGAUUUGUGUACACAAGUCCAGCAUCAGAAAUUUCGUUUUGAUAUGGGGAGGGGGGAUUUUUCCUUUCGAUAGCUGUUCGCGAGGAACAGGAUCGCAUCAGGAUGUACGACGGUACACGACGAUUGCUUCGGCUUUUUUUGUGUUAGGUUUCUGGUGGAAGCACGUUAUCGAGCAUGCAGCAGGCUGUAUGUCGGUCAUGAUUUGCACAUCAUUUUGGAAAAAAUAGAAAUGUCGUGUUUAGUUGUGUCGGGCUCAGAAUUUUCUAAACCCGGCCAAUCUAUCAAUCAAUGCAGGUAGUGAGGAACUGCGACAAAUCAAGACGAAGUUGCACCAAGCGCAAGUGAACAAGGAAAGGCAUCAACAGCUCGUGGAGCAGCUCCUCAGAAAAGAGCAAGAGAAGCAAGAGGUACGCUUGCGUUUGUUGCGUCACACGGUACAGCCUUUGGUUUUCGGCCGACACUGAGCAGUAAAGCCAAGAGAAAUAUUCAUGGAUAAUCAACGAAAAAUGAAACUAAAACAGGAAGAAGAAAUUUCGCAGCGGAUGGAGUAUGAUCGAAGGGAAGCAAUCGAGAAGAAGAUCGCGGACGAAAUACACAAGUCUCAGCAAAGAGGUAAGGCUUUGUAGGCACGGUGGUUUUAUUUUCUUGCGCCCAUGUGCUGUGGUUUUACGCUCAAAGAAAUGAUCCGCUCCUCCUGCCCUUGCGUUGCUUUCUGGGGGGCACUGGGGCAGUGGAGGUAUCACACACGACUGACGCUGCUUUUUUCAAGCGCAUCUACCACCCACAACUCCAGGUAAAGUGACCGCAAUAAAUCAGCAGCAGAUCAUAUUGCGAGAAGAGGCAAAGGGCUUGUCAAAAAUCCAAGCCGAGAAGGAGAGACAACAGGUAGACAUAACGCGUUUUCGCGUAUACUAAGUUAAUUCGAACGCACAUCGUAAGAAAGUACCGAACAGAUGAAGCAGUGAAGGUGCAUAAUCUGAAUAAAAAUCAGCUUGAAAAGUAAUCUCCGAAUCAAUACUGCUGUUGUAGGUUGAAGCAAUAGUGGAGCAGAUCGCAAAAGAAGACGCUUUGGAAGCCGCCACAAGAAAGAGGAAACAGGAGGAAACCCAAGUCAUGCUGCGGGCCUUCAUGAUUGAGCAGCAAGAGCGCCAACGAAAAAUGGAGCAGGUAUAAUCACUCAAUUGCUGCUGUUGAAUGUGCACGAGCAAACUGCUGCAAGGUAUUCCAAGAAAAGAUAGAUUGCUUACUAAGUGCAACUUGUUCAUGUUCCACCUGGACCUGUGUUGUUUCUCUGGAGAACGGUCCGACUGGAACACAAAAAACAGGACGAGCUCGACGAGAUGGCCGCUAUCGAAGCGUUCGCGAAAAAGAAGCGUGCUUUGGAGGAGGCCCAAGAGGAGGAGAAGCGCAAGGCAGAGGAGGCGAAAAAAGCCGCUUACGAGCUCAUCGUCGCGACCGCCGAAGCAAGAAACAAGGAGGCGGAAGAAUUCGAAUUCCUCAAGAACGAGCUGUAAGCUGCUUUUACUUCUUGUUGGAACGUUCCAGGUUCGUUGGUUGUCGUGAGGCCUGGUUCGAAUUUCCUUUGGAGAAUUAGAUCUUUUCUUGAGAACAAAUUUGCGCGUUGAUGUUCACAAAACCGCAGGUACGCAGAGGAGCUCGAGGCCCAACAGCGACGGAAGGAGGAACUGGGUAUGCGCAAAAAGCUCGAGGACCGCGCGGAAAUGUUGAAGGCAUACGAGGAUCAGCUGCGUUUGAAGGAGGAGCGCCGGGUCCGCGAGGAGCGCGAGGAGGCGGUGUUCCGGGAGAAGCUGCUGCACAAAUUCGCGGAGGACGACAGAAUAGAACAGUUGAACGCACAGAAAAAGCGCAUGAAGGUCCAGGAGCACAAGCGGGAAGUCGAGAGGCUACUGCAGGUAAGUAUGUUGAGGGGUGCUGGCUUAGUACAACCUACAACUUCGCAUGGCGAUACGUGUACUUCAGUUGCUGCAGCAUCUUGUUUUGCUUCGCCUUUUUGUGCUGAGCACGUGGACGUGGUAGCACGAGUCCCCUGCCAUGUCAUGCGCUACGUUUUAUUUCUUCGUGAAAAACAGGAACGGCGCGCUCAGUACCAGGCGGAGCGGGAUGCCGAGCUGCUGGAGCUGGAGGAGCAGCGCCGGGUGCAGAAGGAGCGCUACGUGGAGAUCGAGGAGGAGAAGAAGCGGCUGCUCCGCGAGCAUUGCGUCCAGUUUCGCGACUACCUGCCGAAGGGCAUGUUCCAAAACCGCGAAGACUACGACUACGUCAUGGCCCAGCCCGAGCCCAACUAA